UUUUAUUUAUGACAGUAUAGUAGUGGCAAUAAUUUGUCACUAUGACUUACAGCAUCAAUUUUGAGUUUAAAAUUAAAAAGUUUCAAUCGUUGACCAAGAAUUUUUGAGUAAUAGACUCAACUGUAAACGAAAUUUUAAAAUCGUAUUUAAAAGGUACUUUAACAUAUUUUAUCUUUAACAGCAUUAAAAGCGACAUGUAAUUAUCCCUUUAAGUACGAAUAAAGAGCACAUUUAUUGUCUCUUUUAUUGCUAAAAUUGUUAUUGGCAAAUAGAUGGAAUUACGAUGGAGGCAAAUAAUAAUUUAAGUACCUUGACGUCCCAAAAUUCCAAAUUCGCAGUAAAAAUAAUUAAUACAAAGGCAAAAAAGGACAUAAAACCCGUAGAUGGUAAAUCAUCCAUAACUGUUAAGCAAUUCUUAGGCUUUUUAAAAACUGCUUAUCAGGUUCAAGAAAAUAUUGAAGACAUCCUUCUUGCAAAUGGAAUGCAAGAGGCUGUUGAUUGGAUUAAACUAAAAGAAAGCGAACUUAUAAGAACUGAUUUUAGUUGUCAGACAUCACAAACUAAUCUCACAGAUAAUGAGAAAUGUUUAAAAAAUGUCACAGUUGAUUCUACAGCUGAACAGAGUCUUCAAAAUAAAUUGAAUGAAGCAUUGUCUGAAGGAAUCUUGGAUUCCGUUUUGCCCUAUUUGUUACCCCAGCCGCGUCAAAAGUCGAGGUGCAAUAUGCAGUCAUCUCAACACAAACUAACAGAAAAGGCCAGUCAUCAAAGUCACGUUAGUAAUCAUUCCAGUAAAAGCCAAAAGAGGUCCCCAACCCCUGCAAAUAAUAAGCCACCAACAAGACGCGAUUCUGAGGUCCUUAUUCACGUCUGUGACGAGGUGAAGAACAUGAAAAAAGAUUUUGUAUGUAAUCAGAAACUUUUAGUGGAAAAGAUGGGCUAUUUCGCCCAAGUCACGGCAGGACAGAAACUGGAAGACAUGGACAUAUCAGUCCACUGCGAUAUUAGCAUCUUUGAGUGGCUCAUGUCUUGGGUGAAAUCGUCAGAUGUCGAAGACACGGAACCCCCCACGUUAGACCCCCAUUGUGUAGUCCCUAUAGCUAUUUCCGCUUCCUUUCUCCAAAUGGAACCACUCCUACAGGACUGCCUUUUGUUCAUGCACUCGCAAAUGAACGAAAUCUUGCGUUCGCCCACAAAUAUGUCCUGCUUGAACGACGCCAUCUUGACCAGACUGGGUGCAAUGUACACCAAUAGCGAGGUUGAAUCAAUUCGUGACAGAAAGGACAAAAUCCAGUCGCGCCUCUAUUGCAAACUGAUACAAAGUAUGUGUGAGCCCGAACCCGAAAGUGUUAGAGGCCACUGGAGUUCAAUGGCAUACAUGUAUCAGUGCUCCAAAUGUCAUCAGAUCAUUACACCAACCGUUGCUCCUAAUAUAAGAUGCGCAAUGAGUUGCAUAAGACUGCAACCUGAUGGGGAACUCAUCAGUAGACACGUUAGAGACGCCCAUUGGAAUAUAAACGAUUUUAUAAGGAGAUUGCACAAGAAUCUUCGCACUUGGCGAAGGAUUUAUUGGCGACUAUGGGGAAAUUGCCAUUUCUUGUACUGUAUCAUAUGCAAAACCUGUUUCCCAGCCCAUCAGAUUGGAUGGUGUCGUUAUCACCCUGAUCCUCCCCAAUUUUUUACCGUCGAUGCCCAUAAAGCACCUCUCCCCAUAGGGAGAUUCCCCUGUUGCGGAGAAAGAGCUUAUAGAUUUCAGCUCUUUGACAGCAACUUGGGUUGUAAGUUUCGGGAGCACUGUCCGUCUACAGAAAACGUCCGAGACGUAGGAGUUUUGGAAACUUUGGAAAGGUAUCGCCAUUUGAUCGAAGAGGAGCCCCCAGAGCUGAUAUUCCCCGAAAGAUUGACGAGACUCAUCGCUCGAGAUGCAUCCAACACUUCGGGAAAAUUACAAAUAGAAGGUACGAAAUUUUGGUGGGAUGGGUUGGAGUUAACCCCCCCGAGGCCCCGUCUCGGUCUCUUAGGUACUUUCACUGACCUGACUCCGGAAGAAGCCGUUAAGCACGCAGUCGAAGAAUCCCCGUGUAGUUCGUCAAGUUCUCAAACCUCUGACACGUCAACGAUUUUCGACAGUGACGGUGCUGAAGAAAGAUAUUCCAUUUCUAGUCCCAGAUCGAAGCCCAAAAAGACCCCGAAACGUAGAAAGAAAAAGAAAAAGGCCCAAAGUGGGAAAUUUUGGCAGAAUAAAUUAUCGGCCAGAAGUAAUCAGGACCUACAAAGGACUUACGAAGAGACUGCGUUCAAGAAGAUGGGAGUCACAUUGCAAAGAAGGAGUUAUGUAGCUGAUAACGGUAAGAAAUUGCUUACAGGGAAACCAUGGCCGAGAUAUAUCACACCACCAGGUGGAAUUUGGAUAAGGCUAGAAGCUGAAUGGAAGGAGGCCAAUAAUUAUUCACAAAUUAAAAAGCCUCUGACCGAAUACACGUAUAAUCGUCAAAAACUUCGGUAUCCCAAACCGUCUUAAUUCAAGCCCGUCGUCGUUAUUGUUUAGUAAAAGUGCAAUUGAAAUUAAUAAAUAAUAUACAAUUUA